AUGGAGUCACCGGGCUCGCCCCUCUCCGAGCAUAGUGAGGAUGAGUUCCAGUAUAAUGAUGAUACCUACCAUACGAGGUUCGGCGGUUCCCCUUCUCCAAGCACAGAAAUGGGCUCCUCAGCUCGGCCCUCAAAACGGCAAAAGACAGGUCCGAAUACGCACCGAGAAACUUCUGGCAUUCCGUCAUCAAGCCACCACCUAGCUCCGAGUUCCGGCGCGUUUGACGUCCUUCCAACGGCAGCGGCCGUCCCAGACGAAGACGAAGACAUCUCCUCCGACACCGACGGCUCCGUCCCCGGGUCGCCACACUUGGCUUCGGCCGCCGCGUUGCCGGGGGACGACGACGAUGGCGGAUUCGGUCACAAGGGCGAGCAGAUCAGCUUCUGUCGGUGGGAGGGCUGCGAAGCAGGCGAAAUGGGCAACAUGGACUUGCUGGUGCAGCACCUCCACGACGAGCACAUCCACGCCCGGCAGAAGAAGUACAGCUGUGAAUGGGCCGAUUGCUCGAGAAAGGGGAUUCCGCACGCGAGCGGCUACGCGCUCAGAGCACACAUGAGAAGUCAUACGCGAGAGAAGCCGUUCUACUGCACCCUUCCUGAAUGCGACAGGUCCUUCACCCGCUCGGACGCGCUGGCGAAACACAUGCGCACCGUCCACGAGACGGAGGCUCUGCGUCCUUCUGAUCCAGUCCCCAAACACCACUCUUCGAACCCUCAAAACAAGAACCAGAAGCUGCGCCUCACAUUCAAAGCGAUCGGCAGCAAUGGCGUCUCCGGUGCGGGAGGCCCAGGCUCGGACGCUGGUAGCAAAUCUGCGGUAGGCUCCGUCCCCGCCAGCCCAAUGGCGGCUCCCAGUAAUUCGGCCACCGUGGACGAGGAGUACGAACAUAACAACGUGAUCUUCACUCCGGCAACUGGGUCUGCCGCAGGCAAAGGGGCAGUGGAGCGGCAAUUUCCAGCCGCCAUAGACUUCACUGAAGAGGAACUUGCGUUGCCGCCCGGUGAGCUUUACAAGGUGCUCAUGGCGCAAAUCAAGUGGGCGAGCGAAGAGGGCGAGAAGCUGCGGCGGGAGGUAGGCGAGUUGGAUCAGAGGAGGAAGAGAGAGUGGAAUGCGAAGGAGCUCGCGCUCGAGAAUGUCAUGGAGGCCGAGGCAGCAGACAUGGAGAGGAGGCUGGGGAGGAAAGGAAGAGAGGUGGUACCGGACGAGGCGGCACUUAUGAAGAUUGUAGGCGCGGACGUCACGAGACUGGAUAUUCCUCCUAGAGACGGCAAAACGCUUUGGUGGAGGGAGGAGAGAAAAGAGACAGCAGAAGCCAUGGAGGGAAUCGAGGAAGCCAAGGUUUAG